AUGUCGUACGGCUUCAUGAACAAGCAGGGCGCCGCGUCGACGGGCAGCGAGGCCGCCGAGACGCCCAUCCUCUGCGACACGUGCCUCGGGCCCAACCCGUACGUGCGCAUGAGCAAGCAGGCCCACGGCAAGGAGUGCAAGAUCUGCGACCGCCCCUUUACCGUGUUCCGCUGGUCGCCCGGCGCGGGCAUGCGCUUCAAGAAGACGGAGAUCUGCACGACGUGCGCCAAGAUCAAGAACGUGUGCCAGACGUGCAUCCUCGACCUGCAGUACGGCCUGCCCGUGCAGGUGCGCGACACGGCCCUCGGCCUGCAGGGCGGCGCGCCGAGCAGCGACAUCAACAAGCAGUACUACGUGCAGCGCGUCGAGGAGCAGUCACUACUGCCGUCCUCGGGACCCUCGUCGCGCGCCGGGCAAGAUCUGCUGAAGCAGCUCUCGCGUGCACGCGGCGGCGCCGGCGGGCAGCCCAACUAUAACCGCAACAAGCCUCACCUCUGCUCCUUCUACGCCAAGGGCACAUGCACUCGCGGCGACGAGUGUCCGUUCCGCCACGAGCUGCCCGUCAAGAACGAGCUGUCGCAGCAGAACAUCAAGGACCGCUUCCACGGCCGCAACGACCCAGUAGCGCGCAAGAUUCUCGGCGGGCACGCAGCAGCAGCAGGGCUGGCACCGCCGGAAGACAAGGACGUGACAUCACUCUUCCUCAGCGCGCUGCCGCCAACGAUCACCGAGGACGCGAUCCGCACGUGGUUCGUCACGCAGGUGCCGACGCUCAAGCCCGAGCACAUCAAGAGCAUCACGCUCGUGCCGGCAUCAAAGUGCGCCUUUGUCAACUUCCGCCGGCGCGAGGAGGCCGAGGCGGCGGCGCUGCGCUGUGCCGUCAAGGUGCAGAUCGAGGGGCAGGACGUGCGCGUGGCGUGGGGCCGGAGUCGGCCGGUGGGCAAGGGCAAGGCCGCAGCGAAGGCCGAGUAG